CAAAAAAACAACAUGGCGGCGGGGUUGCAACUUGCAGGGAAGGUGGCUAUUGUUACGGGUGGAGGCAGUGGCAUUGGCCGUGCCGUUUGUGAACUCUUCGCCAGACACGGAGCAAGUGUCGUCACCACAGACAUUGAUUUAGAUCGAGCCAGAACCACCUUAGAAUCUCUCAAGACCCCCGAAGAUGCAGCAUUCAACCACCAGUUCCACCAGGCGUUUGCGUUGGAUGUCUCCAACAAAGUCAUUGUUCGGAACCUGGUCAAGCAUAUUGCGGAACUGUAUAAAGAGCCAGCGAGUGUUUUAGUCAACUGCGCUGGGAUCACUAAGGAUAAAAUGAUGCUGAAGAUGGAUGAGGAGAAGUUUGAUGAAGUCAUCAAUAUUAAUUUAAAGGGAACGUUUUUAGUUACGCAAGCUGUGAGCCAGGAGAUGAUUGACCAUAGGACCAAAGAGGGCGCUAUUGUAAAUAUUGCAAGUAUUGUAGGAAAGUCAGGUAAUAUCGGACAGUGUAAUUAUGCGGCAUCCAAGGCUGGCGUGGUUGCGUUCACUCAAACAACAGCAAAGGAGCUUGCCAGGUUUGGUAUCCGUUGUAAUGUGGUUCUUCCAGGUUUUAUCAAGACUCCAAUGACUGAUGCCAUUCCAGAAAAUGUCCGUAGUCAGAUUGAGCAGUUUAUACCCUUACAACGGCAGGGAGAACCUUCAGAGGUAGCCGAGGCGUGUUUAUUCCUUGCUUCCAAACAGAGUAGUUAUAUGACGGGGUCUCAGUUAGAAAUCACAGGUGGGCUUUCGAUGUGAUUACUGGGCUCCAUGAUCCAGUAGUGAAGACCUGUAAGUUGCGCACCUGUUCCUUGGUUCGAAUCCCUCCCGAGUGAUAUGCCUUUGGAUAUUUUUAACAGAACUAAGUAUUGUACUGAGAAUACCUAAAGCGCAAGUGGAAUACGGAAAAAUAUAGCGCUUCUGCGUCCCAAAUCCAUGAGACCAAAGGCUAUAUUUUUUCGCAUUUCCACGAGCACGCGUUUGAUAACGUAUUUAUCUUCAAGCAAACUUGGCGCGUGACAUAGAACACACGGGACGCAGGUAGUGAUAUUAC